UCAUAUGAUCUAUGAGAAGAGAUGGAGACCCUGAGUUUGGUGCUUCUGAGUAUUAUUACUCCCUGCAGCCUUCUCCUGUCCCCGGCACAGGGUUGGGUAAUAAAUAAGCCAGAGGCAAAGGAAGACUGGAACUAUGUGAAAGUAAGGAGCGAUGCUUUUAUGUUCUGGUGGCUCUACUAUGCCGAUCAUCCCACCAAAAACUAUACAGAGGUGCCGCUGGUUUUGUGGCUUCAGGGUGGACCUGGAGGUUCUAGUUGUGGGUUUGGUAACUUUGAAGAAAUUGGUCCCCUCACCACUAAACUGACUCAUAGAGAAUCCAGCUGGAUCCAAGCCGCUAGUCUGCUUUUUGUGGACAAUCCUGUGGGGACUGGAUACAGCUACACCACAGCUCCUGGAGCGUUUGCCAAGGAUGUUAAUACUGUUGCUGCUGAUAUGUUGGUUCUUCUCAAAGAAUUCUUUGAAGCCAAAUCAGAAUUCCAGAGAAUCCCAUUUUACAUAUUCUCUGAAUCUUAUGGAGGCAAAAUGGCUGCUGCAAUCUCUCUAGCACUGCACAAGGCGAUCACAGCGGGAAGCAUUAAGUGUAACUUUGGAGGAGUAGCACUGGGAGACUCAUGGAUUUCCCCCAUUGACUCUGUGUUAUCCUGGGGACCCUACUUGUACAGUAUUUCGCUCCUGGAUGAAAAGGGGUUAAAGGAGGUGCAGAGCUCGGCUAAUGCUGUGCAGGAUGCCCUCAAUAAAGGUCAGUUUGACCAGGCCACAGAAUUGUGGUCCCAGACAGAGGAUGUGAUUGAACAGAAUGCAGACAGUGUGAACUUUUACAAUAUCCUGACCAAGAAUUCACUAAUGGACAAAAAUAAUUCCAGGACAAAUCUGAAGUUCAGUAAUCAGUAUCUAGGCAAGCUGUACCAGCGCCACCUCCUGUAUCUAGAGCAAGAUGACUUGGAUGAGCUGAUGAAUGGACCAAUCAGAGCUAAGCUGAAGAUCAUCCCUGAGUCAGUCAUGUGGGGAGGACAAUCCAGUGAAGUUUUUGCAAACAUGGCCGGUGACUUUAUGAAACCAGUCAUUAGUAUCGUGGACGAACUUUUGUGUGCUGGAAUAAACGUCACUGUGUAUAACGGACAGCUGGAUCUCAUUGUGGACACUGUGGGUCAGGAGAGUUGGGUGAAACAAUUAAAAUGGACAAAACUGGACCAGUUCAAGAACUUGCAUUGGACACCACUGCAUCUAGAUUCCAGUGAGACUGCUGCUUUCUACAAGUCCUGGGACAACUUCCACUUCUAUUGGAUCAUGAAGGCAGGCCACAUGGUGCCAUCUGACCAGCCAAAAACAUCACUGAAAAUGCUGAGGAUGAUCACCAACCAGGAGUAGGAGAGCCAGCAGGAUACUGGCUCACGGGAAUAAACGGCUGCUGUCGUCACACGGGUUCCAGGCUGCUGUGCCGUGGAUCGGCACCGAAUUGACCACUGAUGAGCACUUCUGCUUCCUAGCGUCUAUAUACAGUACUCUAAUACUAUAUUGUGUAUUAACUUUCAUGCUUUUCAAUAUGUUUCUCUUCAAUACUAAUGUGUGAGCUCUGUUCUGUGAAUACUAUACUCACAUGUUUAAAAAUUAUGGAAAAUAAAAUGUGAAAUGAUGUAUGUUU